ACUGAAAAUGCUGAAAUUCUUGAACUUAAGAAGAAAUUACUAAAAUUUGACGAAAUUGAGGCUGAAAACAAAAGGCUGAGACAGAUCAUUGAAGAGAAUUGUAGACGUGAUGCAGAGUUUAAGAGCAGAAUUGAGGAGUUAGAAAAAAGUAGAACAGAUACUGUUUCCGAGAAUGCUAAGCUUAAAACUAAAAGCAAUUACCUAAACAGAUAG